GUGUGUCUACUGGACCCACUGAGUCCACAGAAGCUUUGAAAGGCUCAAACUGGAAGUCGGGGCUCCUGGGGUGGGGCACUGGCGAAGCUGCACCACAGAGGGGAGCCUGCCCCUCUGCUUCUCUUACGUUCGCUGGUAGCCAGGAGCCAUAAGAAUGAGCUGUUGACUGAUACUUUGGGAUGGGCUUUUUCUCUCACUGCAUCAGGAGCCAUGGAUUAUAGCUGGUAGGUCCCAGGAUUUACAGAACUAUGAUGAGAAGCCACUGAGCCCUGUCAAGCUGUCUGCUCUUCCGGGUCUCACUCGCCUGAAGCUGCUGAAUUCUCACUAGGAGGGCCGCCCCAGCAUGACAUACUCUGUACUUGAGUCACUCAUCUACAGCUGUGCAGAACUCCUUGGAUAACCAUCUUUGGACACACAACUAAGGAGUCUGAAAGGCAGAGACGUCAUGGGUGUGGUGAGCAGCAAGAAGAUGGCCAAGGGGAAGGGGAAGGACCAAUGGAGCCCCGUGAAACUCUGCACACAGAGCAAAGAGCCCCCACCACUACCACCGCUGGUCCUGUUUAACCAUCUGACUCCUGCACCUCCAGACCCACAGCUGGACCAGGAGGAGCACUUCGCGGUGGCCCUAUAUGACUACAUGGCCAGGAAUAAUCGAGACCUGCAGAUGCUUAAGGGCGAGAAGCUGCAGAUCCUGACCCAAACUGGGGACUGGUGGCUGGCCAGAUCUCUGAUCACAGGCAGAGAAGGCAUCAUUCCCAGCAGCUUUGUGACCCGAGUUGAGCCCCUGGAAGUGGAAAAAUGGUUCUUUCGAUCCAUUAGCCGCAGAGAGACUGAGAGGCAGUUACUGGCUCCAAUUAACAAGGCUGGCUCCUUCCUCAUCAGAGAGAGUGAAACCACAAAAGGUUCCUUUUCUCUGUCUGUGAAGGAUGUUACUACCCAGGGGGAAGUGAUCAAACACUAUAAGAUCCGCUCAUUGGAUAAAGGAGGCUAUUACAUCUCCCCCCGGAUCUCCUUCCCCACUCUCCAGGCUUUGGUGCAACACUAUUCUAAUAAAGGGGAUGGUUUGUGCCAGAGGCUGACCCAGCCUUGCAUGCGCCCAGCUGUGCAGAACUCCUGGGCCCAGGAUGAGUGGGAAAUUCCCCGGCAGUCUCUCAGACUGGUCAGAAAACUUGGGUCUGGGCAGUUUGGUGAAGUCUGGAUGGGAUACUACAACAACCAGCUGAAGGUGGCUGUCAAGACCUUGAAGGAAGGAACCAUGUCCCCAGAGGCCUUCCUGGCAGAAGCCAACCUAAUGAAAACACUCCAGCAUGAAAGGCUGGUUCGCCUCUGUGCUGUGGUCACCAAGGAGCCCAUCUACAUAGUCACCGAGUACAUGGCCAGAGGAUGCCUGCUGGAUUUUCUGAAGACAGACGAAGGAAGCAGGUUGUCCCUCUCAAGACUGAUCGACAUGUCAGCCCAGAUUGCUGAAGGCAUGGCAUACAUUGAACGGAUGAAUUCCAUCCACCGCGACCUGCGGGCAGCCAACAUCCUGGUGUCAGAGGCCCUGUGCUGCAAGGUGGCUGACUUCGGCUUGGCCCGGAUCAUUGACAGCGAGUACACGGCCCAGGAAGGAGCCAAGUUCCCCAUCAAGUGGACUGCCCCAGAGGCCAUCCACUUUGGGGUGUUCACCAUCAAAGCAGAUGUGUGGUCCUUUGGUGUCCUUCUGAUGGAAAUCAUUACUUAUGGCCGGGUCCCCUACCCAGGAAUGAGCAACCCUGAAGUCAUCCGCAACCUGGAACGCGGCUACCGCAUGCCGAGGCCAGACACCUGCCCCCCGGAGCUCUACCGGGGGGUCAUCAUGCAAUGUUGGCACAGCCAGCCUGAGGAUCGACCCACCUUCGAGUACCUACAAUCAGUGCUGGAGGACUUCUAUAUAGCCACUGAGCAGCAAUAUGAGCUUCAGCCAUAGAGGCCCAGGCCCCCGCCUACUACACCAUCCCUGGGACUGGCAAAGCCUCGUCAGGCCAGGUCAAUGAUGGGCAUGUCUGGCUCCCAGAUGGGGAGGCUAAAAGCCCAAGGGGAUUCUGGUGCUUUUGUUGGCUUGUGUGUCCUGGGAAAGGCUAUUUACCCUCUCUGUUCUCCACCUCCUCAUUUACAAAUGGGAAAAACAGUGUCUACUUCAUAAAUGGACAUGAGGGUGACACUGGUUAAGAUGCUCAGUUCAGUGUUUGACACAUGCCUUCACCAUUCUUGAGGGGUUGUCAUUGUAGUGGGAUCCCCAGUGCAGGCACAAGUGACCUUCGUGAUAGCCAUUCCCACCUGUGUGGACCAUGCCUGUGCUCCUCUUUCUGCCACCCCAGCAGCAGCCCAAGGUCCCCAUGAUGACCACCUGCUCAUCUGCAUCCACUUCCAGUGGGUGACCCUGACCUCACAGCUCUCGAACACUUUGGAACUUUUCCAUAAUAAAGCCACAUAUUCUGAUCUCUUCCACAUCCUUACUAGUGAAGAGACCUGAUGUUGCAUCCUAUGUGGUGGCAUGACUCCCUCCAGUUGGUCCUUGAGGUGAUACUAUCUUCC